AUGUCAGAUGCGUUCGGAUUCCAGAAGCGUCCAAUUCGUAAGCAGCCGAGCACGUCAUCUCCACCCAUUAAUACUGCCAUUGCCCACCGCCCCAUCUCCUUUUCCCUCGGGACGUCAAACCACGCGCAAUUGGAUAAUUCGCGCCUAGCAAAGACCAUUCUCUCCGUGACAAAUCUUACCAUGCAAGCUGCCGAAGGCGUGGAAAGGGGACCAGCCCAUUAUUCAGCGGCCCUUACCUAA